AUGACGACGGAGCACUACGCUUUCAUUUUCGAGUUUCUCGCUUGGUGGCAGGCCAUCUUAGUGACGUGCCUGGUCCUGUUUUACCUCAGCGUGCCGCUCACCUCGUGGACGGAGAUUGUGCUGUAUGCCCUGGCAUGGGCAGAAUGGCCGCUGAUGCUCUUCGGCGUCAUGCCUGUCCUGCUGGAAAGGCUUACGAUUCGAAGCUCCAUCGGCGAUGAGACGGACAAUCAGCUGGUGCGCCAGGUGUCCCUUGAGACGAAAUCGAUGCUCCUAAGGUACCACAUCCGACUGGCGCAGCUCAUGGGCUAUGAGAAACGCCUCAAGAAGCAGCAGCUAGUUGAGCGGCAUCGUGUCCCUCCGAAGCAGGUGCACAAUGCGACUCGCCUCAUCCGUGCAGCGACCGAGUCGCUUCCCGAUGAAGCUGAAGCUCAGAACCAGACCUGGUUGAUGCCCCACGGUGCAUCAGCACCAGCCAUGCACCUGAUGCCCCACGGCGUCUCGGCGAUGGAAAUGCAGCCGCCAUCUCCAAGGCCGGGCGACUCCUCCCCAAGACCAGGUGGUGCCAUGCACCGUGCCGUUCGCAAGGUGAACAUGAUCACAC